GUUUCAGUCACUUAUGUGUUCUUCAUUGCAUCCUUCUCAGUCCUGAAUACUUAACAUUUUUAGUGUAGAAGAAGCAAAUGUCCCUUUAAUGUGUUGAUAACUUGAAACGUUUAGGCUUAUACCAUGAUAGCCGAUGAUAAGGUGAAGAAGAAGGAAAGCAAAGCCCAGAGCAUAUGAUAUUACCAUUCCAGCAAAGAUGACACCCUGAGCCUGUGAAGAACCAUUCUGCUGUUAACCAGGUGUCAUUAUUGCCUGCAUCGAUACAAUACACCACCAUACUAUCAUCAAUUGCCAAGGGACCCUGCCUAGCACCUCAAAUAUUUAUCACCAUCAAAAGCACCCCGUACCACCAUCAGGACCACCCAGAACCACCAGUACCAGGAUGUGCCCCAGUUGUGAAAGAUAUUAAAGAGCAACUUAUUCCAUCCUUUUUGCACCUAUUACCAUGGUUCGCUUCUUAGUAAAACGAGGACUCAUCACUUCUAUAGCCCUGUGCGUUUGCUGGUUUCUCUACAAUGGUCUUUCCAUAAAUAAAAAAAUAUAUAUUGUCAAUACUGAGGAGGAUGUGUACCAGUAUAUUUCCACCACAAAAUACAAACCGUUGAAUAUUUCAUCAAAUGAAAGUAGAACGAAGCACGACUUACCAAAACACAGCAGUCAGCCCAAACACAAUAGAGCUAAAUUGUGGGAGAAGGAAAUGACUUCCAACGACUUGAUCCAGAAACUACAGAAAGUGAGAAAAAGUUACCAGUCAAUGAACACAUACAAAGUCAAAUUCCAGGGCACCAUCAACCAGCAACACAAUCCACAUGAACUUCUCUUCCAGCUUAAACACAGGGUGAACGUGACAACACUGAAGAGUUCUGACCUACCUGACAGUGCAAGUUCCUGGAGUCAAAAUCUGCCCGACAAGGACAUUCAUGAAGUAGUGGGGAAACUAAGACAAUGUGCUGUAGUAUCUUCAGCUGGAUCUCUAAUAGGUUCAAGACUUGGACAAGAGAUAGACUCCCAUGAUGCUGUUCUUAGGUUUAAUGCUGCACCGACAAAAGAAUUUGAGAUUGACGUGGGAUCGAAAACGACAUUUCGUCUGAUAAAUUCACAGGUUGUUACGAGCGUCGAUCACCAUUUCCUGGAAAAUCGUAUAUAUAAAGAUGUGAUAUUGAUCAUGUGGGAUCCUGCUCCAUAUGAUGCUGAUAUAUAUCAGUGGUAUAAGAAGCCGGAAUUCAAAUUCUUUGAGCCAUAUAGGAAAUAUCGAAUAGCGAACCCAAAGCAGCCGUUUUAUAUCCUGAAACCACAAACGCUUUGGCAACUGUGGAACAUAAUUCAAGAGAACUCACCAGAACAAAUCCAACCAAAUCCUCCAUCAUCAGGGUCUAUUGGGAUCCUGUUGAUGAUGAAUAUUUGUGAGGAAGUCAAUGUCUAUGAAUUUCUGCCAUCUUUACGUCAAACAGACCGGUGUUAUUAUUUCAAACGAUACUUUGACUCUGCCUGUACUUUUGGAGCUUACCAUCCACUUAUGUACGAGAAAAAUUUAUUUAAAAAACUCAACCAAGGAACUAAGGAAGAUGUUUAUGAGAAAGGCAAAGUGACCUUGCCUGGAAUGAGGCAGCAUUUGCCUAAAGCUGGGUAGCGAAUAUGAAGGAUCAUUUAGACCGGUCUUAAUAAGGCCCUGCGCUGACAGUGAAUCCGCCAACGUUAUUUAGAGGCGCCAGCCUCUACAUAUCUUUGGCGGAUCCACCGCUGCUUCUAAAUCUACUCCAGCUCCCUUGUUGGCGUAAAUUUAGACCAUUCUCUAUGCCUAAAACAGACAUAGAAAAUGAUGAAUAAGAUGGGCUUGCCAACCUGUCCCCUUUCCUCACGCCACAACCACUUUUGUAGACCUUGAGUGAGCGGGGAAAAGUCUCAGAUUGUGGCACAAUGAACCUUUGCACCACAUUCUGCUCCAGAAAUACGCCUAAUAUAGACAUAUUUCUGUAAGUCAAUGA